UUUUAUUUAGUUUGCUGUGGUGAAAACGUCCCCAGGCGUGCAUGCGCUCGCGUGGGGACUGUACACUAGCCUGUGCAAGGAUCAUCCUGUACCCAUCGGUCUGCAGUGCAAAGUCGGUAUAACUUAUCUUUGUCUAUCCGUAAUCUGUCCAAUCAGUGCUGCCGAGAGAGGAGGCGGGCUUCGGUUUGCAACAAACAUAAAGCUGUCAUCCUUCCACAUCCGGACAAGCCAUGCUGCACAUAAAAAUGAAAACAAGAAAAUCGUCGUGCAGAUGAGUGCCUUUAGUCGAUCGCAGCACAUCACGGAUGCACCACUGCCCUUCCUCCAGGAUAAGCCACCUGGCAUAACAAAAUCAACCCUUCCAGCUGAGUGCAGCACCCCAGUGAAGCGCCGCUGCACUUACUCCGGAACUUGAGGUGCCGCAUGCGACUAUAAGCACCUGCUGCUUGUGGGUGUAAAUGCGACUAGGAGGAAUAAGACUGCACCUUGAGACUGAUCAAUCACACUAACUCUUUUUACUUCCUAAUCAGCUACAGAAGCUGAGACUCCAUCCGUGCGCGAUAGAGUUAAAGAAAAAAAAAUUCAGAGAUAAUCCAAUUUACAUUUUGAACCAAACUCAAAAAUGAAUGAAGUACAGAAUAGAAAAAUAAAUAACUGUUAAUUAAAUAAGAAGGUAAAUAAAAUGUUGCAUAAAAUUCAAGUCAAUAUUUGAGAAUCAUUAACUAUAAACUAUUAAUCCUAUUAAUCUGCCUAUCGACGGGUUUGAAAACGCGCGCUUUUAUUUUGAAAGAUCAAAAUAGGAUAGAGCUCUGCCCGUACUCUGAGCUAUUGACGGACUUUUGUCACCAGUAGCUUCACCAUCCUCCCACAAACACCAAGCUGGUUCUGUCUGUGCUUCACAACAAUGGGGCAGUAAUGUCAGCGACGGAAGACACCGGAGCAUCUUUUCAAAGGCACUGAAGCGGUGUAUGGAUUUAAUGAUGAUGAAAAAGAAGAAAUUCAAGUUCAAGGUGGAUUUUGACCUGGAUGAGCUGUCGUCGGUCCCCUUUGUCAACGGUGUCCUCUUCUGUAAAGUCAGGCUGUUGGACGGCGGCUUCUCCGAGGAGUCUUCUCGGGAACCUGUGCAGGCAAACUGUGUCAGAUGGAAGAAACGGUUCUCUUUCCCGUGCAAGAUGAGCGCCAAUGCAGGCACAGGUGUUCUGGACCCCUGUGUGUGUCGUGUGUCUGUCAGAAAGGAGCUGAAGGGUGGAAAGGCAUACGCAAAGCUUGGUUUUGCAGAUCUCAAUUUAGCAGAGUUUGCCGGCUCAGGGAAUACAACCCGCAGAUGUCUGCUGGAAGGCUACGAUACCAAAAAUACUCGUCAAGAUAACUCCAUUCUCAAGGUUAUCAUCAGUACACAGCUCAUGUCGGGGGAUCCCUGUUUUAAAACGCCUCCCUGCACAGCCACAAUGAUCGCGAUCCAAGGUGAUACAGAGAGCCUCCUGGAAGAGAGGAAGGGAGGGGAUUCACAGAAAGGCUGUUCUGCAGAGAAUCGGGAAGGGAAGUGCCCUGUUGUGUCAGAUGACCCCGGUGGCUGCUGCCACUCCCGAACUUCCAGCUACGCCAGCCAACAGUCAAAACUCUCAGGCUAUAGCACCGGUCACUCCCGCUCCUCCAGCAUGUCAGAGUUCAGCCACCGGAGAAACCAUUCAGUAGGCAGCGCUUCAACGGGUAUUGGUAGCAUCCCAGAGCCCAGUGAAGACCGAGAAUCCAGAACCUGUCCAGCUUUGCCUGAGCACCCAACCUCCUCAGCAGCUUCCGGCAAUGCUCCGGGCACACCAGUGCGGAGUGCAUCCUCCUGUGAACGGCUCAACAGACACCCAGUGAAACAGGACUCCAUGGAGUCUCAGCUGAAGAGAAUGGACGACACUCGGGUGGAUGCUGACGAUGUUGUGGAAAAGAUUCUCCAGAGUCAAGACUUUACACCCAGCCUACUGGACUCAAGUGCUGAGGAGGAAGGCCUGCGUCUGUUUGUUGGACCCGGGGGAAGUACAGCGCUUGGAAGUCACCACCUUCCCACCAGGGUUGGUGGUGGAGCGUACGAGCAGGUGGUGAUUAAGCGUUAGACGUGCAGCAUCUCUGAUUACGCCUGAAACAACUGGAAAUGAGACAGUUUCCAUUUCAACCUUCAUUCCUACUCGAUCAGCAUGUGUCUAAGCUGAUCACUCAGUGAUCCGUCGACAUUACACCAGUGCCCUUCCUGUGUUCAUAUCGGUUAAGAUAUCAUUAGGAGAAAGAAGUGGACAGGUUUUAUCUCAAAGAAUCAAUGAAAAGGGAAACACAGUGACCAGAUUGUUCUAAAACACUUAUGCAUGUAAAUUCUGGCUCCCUGCUAUCCAAACUCCAAACAUCCAAAGUCAAACCAACUGAAACUUUUAUGAAGUGAAAAAUCUAACUUCCCUCUCCAGACGGCACAAGGAUGGGAAGAUCAGAACGGAUUGAAAACGCAUCACAUCCUAUCAGGACAUUCCUUUGGUGUUUGUUUUGGACUUCCUUUAUCAAAUAGGAUUUAAUCUCUGCUGAUAAGCUGCUCAAAAAGUAGUCGCUGGCACUCCGGUGAGAAUAUUUUACUAUGAAGAAUUGAGCUAUUUGAUGUAUGAAUGUGAAUGUGUGUGAGUAUGUGGUUAUUCCUUUGUUGUGCUGGUACACCGGCCACUUUUAUUAGCAGUAACAGUAACGCAUUUAUCUCAGAUCAGUGAAGGGACACAAUCUCUUGUGAGGAAUGCCACAUUGGUACCCACACAGAGAAAAUGGGAGAAAAGAGGACAAUUUCCCCUAAUGUAAUCACAGAGGCCCCUGUUGUCUAAAUGCAGAGCUGUCAAAAAUAUUUAGUCAAUGGUGAUUUGGCUAUUUAAUAUUUGUUUUCCUAUAUAAACACUGUAGAGAAUUAAGACUGUGCUUUUUAACAACUUUAACCAUGUUACAAUUAGGAGCUGGGAACUAAACCAAAAAUCACAGCAUCAUCAAUACUACAGCUAAAUAGAAGCUGAAGCAAAAGAGCAUCAAGAAAACCCCUGAAGUGAAGCUAAAACUAAAUUAAAAUCUGAUCAUUUCUAAUUGGCAUCCUCAUUCUCUAGUUUCUUCCUCUGUAUAACAAAAUAAAACUAAAUAGUUUUUAGGGUGGAGAACUCCUAAUGGAAACUGGCUACAAGCAACAAUUGCAAACUUAAUUUCACGCAGUUGUUUUAAGUGUCUCCACCCAAAAAUAAAGUGAGUCAUAUCUUCAGUAUCGUCAAGAAAAUAUCAAAGUUAUCUAUGUUUUUCUGGAUCCAGGUGUAUUAAUCAAAACUGUGGCAGAAGUAUGUAGUCCCAGACUGCCCUCUUUUAUCUUGUUACUGCUCUUUGCAUUUACAUGGCAGUGAAUGCGAAAAAUAACAGUGGCCUCUGAUGAAUACUGACAUGGAAGGAUAUAUAUAUAUAUA